CUUCCUGUUGUGCGCGCAGCGGUCCUCUGUGGGUCUGGGUGCACCUGCGUGCGAGGAGUGUGCAGACCGUUGGCCAUGCAGUCGUGUGGGUGGAUCUGCUGCAGACCAGCCCAAGUGAGGGACCACAACGAGCUGCUCGUCCAGGACAAUGGUAGGAGGCAAUGGAGGCCAGAUCACACACGACAACGCUCCCACAUGCCCAAUCGCUCUUGCGUAUUGAUCUUUCCCUCCCUCCCUCUCCCCCGCAGGUGUGCACGACGCCAACGCCAUUCAGAGCAUCCCCUCUGCCGACGGUCAGCUGAGGAAGCAAGGCAAGAUGCCCAUUCACAACCCACCUCUCCAUCAAUCUGCUCUACUCUGCUUGAUCCAUGUAUCUCCACUUCAGGUGUGCGCAGUGUGGUGGUUCCGCGAGGCUCCAGGAGGGACACAAUCUACCAACCGCCCAACGUGUUCCAGCUCGUCACGGGCACUGCGGGUGUGAUGCAGCAGAUCCUGCAGGAGAACCAGGGCGGCCCCAUCGCCUUUGACGCGCCCAUCGAGGUGGACGAAGAGGACAACUACGUCCAGGAGGGCGGACACGUAUUCGUCAACGGCGUCGAUGGCGCUAAGCAGACGGCAGAGAAAACCAUCUCUACCACGGUCAGUGAGCCAACUGCGUAGCCGCAGAUAUCGAGAUAGCCACCGGUCUGUUUGUCUGUUUCUUCUGUCUGUCAUUCUUGAAUGCAGACGCUGUCACCUGGCGCGUCGAUUGACCACCUGCAGGAUGGGAUGGAGGCCGACGCGGUGCGGCCGCGCGUCGCCAUGCGCUUGCUGAGUCGGACGGGCGACAAUGUCGAAUGGCUCUCCUUCGAGGAGAGAAUUCUCGUCGGUCAGUGCAGGAACACCAAGAGAGACAGACGGUCAGACAGACGGUCAGACAGACAGACAGACAGACAGAGAAGCAGGGAAGCAGGUCAGGAGCCCAUUGUUGUCUACGUAAGGCGCUGCCUGUCUGCAGGCCGUUUACGCGAGAUCCUCGCCAAGGAUUUGGCAGAAGUGCCUGCGUUUCCUGAGCUGACGGGCGACAUUCGGCUGUUGCGGUUCAUCCGGAAGUAUGCCCGGCCCCUCCCACGCGCACACACCGUCGACAUGGACGCCGCCAAGCGCUCCGGCGCUCACCGCAGAAAAUCACCACGUCGAUCGCCGUCCGUCAAGCUCUCAGAUCUGGUAUCACCUUGAGCUGCAAUGAGCAUUGAGUGCCCAUGCAGCCCAGUGUGUUGUCGGCGCUUUUUGUUUGCAGGAGCCCCGGCUGCAGCAGGUCGCCAAGAAGUACCGUGCGAUGCUCAAGUGGCGGCGUGAGAACCAGGUGGACGAGGUGCGUCAGGAGAUUGUGAGCAGGGACAUGACGGUCAAGCAAAUCUAUGAGGAGAAGCAGGGCAACCUGGUGUGCGAGUUCUGCCCCACCGAGAUGGCCUGGGGCGUCGGCAAGAACCCCAGGGGCGAGACCAGGCUCGUAAACAUCGAGGUCCCCGGCACCUGGAACACAAAAGGUCCGUCGGUGGGGUGGCCACACACACAAACACACACACACUCACGCACACACACGAGAUGGGAUCCAUCGAGCCGGCCAAGAAAGAACGCAUCCACUGGGGUCUGUCUGUCUGUGUCAUGUGUCUGUCGUGUGUCAUUCAGGUGCUGUUGGUGCAUUGCGUAAGGGCAAGCUGACAGUGGAUGAGUUCGUGCGUUUCUGGAUCUACAUCGUGGAGUUCCUAUCCAUCCAGCUGGACACCCUCUCCCGCCAGGACGGACGGCUGGCCUACAUAUGCGAAAUCGUCGACCUCAAAGGACUGCACAUGGGACAGGUAGGUCUACCUGCUAACCAGACAGACAGACAGACAGAGACGACAGACGUGCUAUCACGGCAAGGUGAUCAGAUCUCAUCUCGUGUGCCUCCCUGUGUGUGUGUGUGUGUGUAUCUAUGCAGCUGUCUCCUGCGUUUUUCUCGUCUCUGUUGUCGCCGUGGGUGUCGUUCAUGCAGGCGCACUACCCCGACUUCCAGGUGGACGAGAUCGUGAUUCAUGCAUGGGUGCGACAUGGGUGCGUUGAUUCAUGCGCAGGGCGAGAUCGUGAUGAUUAACGCCCCAGGUGUCUUCAAGGCCAUGUGGAAGGUCUUCUCGGCACUCAACCUCAUCGACGAAUUCACCAUGAAGAAAUUCAUCGGACUCAGGUCACCACACACACACACACACACACCGCACACACAGGUGGACCCAGUGUGUGUGUGUGUGUCGAUUCAUUGAUGCAGUGGUGAGAUCAAGGAUCUGAGAGGCUGGUGGAACAAGCUGGAGGUGGUCCCCCUGGACCACACACGCACUCUGCGGUUCGCCCCAGCGGAGAUAAUGGAGGAGGACGACCUCAAUCUCACUGUCUAGCCUUGCUAGUGCGGCCAGCGCCUGUGAUGAGUCCGUUUGUUUGAUCUGCAUACAUACGUAAGUAUGUGUCUCUAAGGGCCUAGAAAGGUGGUGUCAGUCAGUCAUUUCGGAUGGACGUGCUAGUGCUAGUACAGGAGGUACCUACCUACUGAUUGGGUCAUUGGUUGACUGACUGGUGUGGUGUGCGGUGCCGUGCGUGAGGGGCCGGCUGGCUGGUUGGUCUCGCUUAAGCUUUCGCUAGCUAGUUUUGGCCAUCAAUCAGUUCAAUCAAACGUCGGACAGAACAUUUGCUCUCUAGAGUGAGUCGGUGGCGGCGUGCACGUGUGUGAGGUGUGUGUCUGUCCCUGUGUGUACAGCUAUUGGCUGUACGUCACGUCAGUGACUGAGUGUGGGUGGCUUGAGUGAGUGUGACUUUUCUCAAUAUAUCAUUG